CAGAAUCUUCUUUCAAGACGACGGAUGAACUUUCCCGCUAAAAUAGCAGGAAGAUCGACCCUUGCCUUUGCGCUCUCUCCAUCUCUCACAGGUCCUGCCAAGUUGGGUUUUUUCAAAUUGCUGCACCAAAAGAGGAGACUGGGUGGAGGUUUCUCUUAUAAAAUGGCUUGUGGUUUGAAUAAAUGCGACUUGGACCUAGAAAGAAAGACGGGGGUUGUUCUUCCAGCCAAUGAAGCGUAUGCUGAAGAGGCCAUUGCCGCUAUUAAAUUUGGCAAAGUUAUUGCAGUGCCAACCGAUACCCUCUAUGGAUUUGCUUGUGACGCCUGUUCCACAGAAGCAGUGAACAGAAUAUAUGAAAUCAAAGGACGUAAGCAGACAAGUCCUCUAGCAAUUUCUGUCGGGGAUGUACAAGACAUAAGCCGUUUUGCUGCCAUUGAUCAUUUGCCUCACGGGUUGCUUGACGAACUCCUUCCGGGACCAGUGACUGUUGUACUAAGGCGAGGCGAUUCUAGUAUUCUUGAGAAGUCCUUGAAUCCAGGAUUGGAUAGCAUUGGUGUCAGAGUGCCAGACUCCAACUUUAUUCGGUUCAUCGCCCGUGGUUCUGGAAGUGCAUUGGCCCUUACAAGUGCAAACCGAAGUGGGCAGCCUAGCAGUGUGUGCAUUAAAGAUUUUGAGGACCUUUGGGAGCACUGUGUCUAUGUUUUUGAUGGUGGUCUGCUUCCUUCAGGACGUUCUGGGUCAACAGUUGUGGAUCUCACUGACAUAGGGAAGUACAAGAUCCUUAGACCCGGGAGUGCCAUGGAAGAGACUGUAGCAGUUCUCAAGAGAUAUUCCAUAGAAGAAGCAACAGCAACUUGAUGCAGAACAGCAGUUAACCUUAUUUCACUAAGAUACAAAGGCAGAGAUAUUGCAUGGACGAUGAUAAUUGGCAGCCAUGUUUGACUGAAUGAUUUUAUCUCAAUUUUACUGUAACUAGAACAAGCAGCUUUGAACUGAUUGUAUCUCAAUGGGAUACCAAAAAAUGGAUUGUAUCUCCAUUGUACCAAACAAUAAUAUGCUAACA